UUUCCCGUUUGGCCACGUCGCUCGAUACUCGCCAUAUUCCGGUGCCCUGCAGGUCCGCCGGCGGAGACUCGCUGUUUCAGCGGCUUAGAAACGCUUUGUUACUCUAUCCGGUGGAGGAUAACUUAAUCCGGCGCAGCUAUGAACAUUUUCAGGCUUACCGGCGAUCUUUCCCAUUUGGCAGCCAUUAUUAUUUUGCUCCUUAAAAUAUGGAAAACCAGAUCAUGUGCCGGCAUUUCUGGGAAGAGUCAGAUCCUGUUCGCGUUGGUUUUCACUACACGUUACCUGGACCUCUUCACCUCCUUCAUCUCCCUCUAUAACACAGUCAUGAAGGUCAUUUACAUUAUGUGUUCGUAUGCCACUGUCUACCUCAUCUACGCCAAGUUCAAGGCCACCUAUGACGGCAACCAUGACACCUUCAGGGUGGAGUUCCUCCUCAUCCCAGUGACCUUGCUGGCCAUCUUGAUCAACCACGCCUUUGCGCCGAUGGAGAUCCUCUGGACCUUCUCCAUCUACCUGGAGUCGGUGGCCAUCUUGCCCCAGCUGUUCAUGAUCAGCAAGACGGGCGAGGCGGAGACCAUCACCACGCACUACCUGUUCUUCCUGGGCCUGUACCGCACGCUCUACCUCUUUAACUGGAUCUGGCGCUUCUACUUCGAGGGAUUCUUCGAUCUGAUCGCCGUCGUGGCCGGCCUGGUGCAGACCAUCCUCUACUGUGACUUCUUCUACCUGUAUAUCACCAAAGUGCUGAAGGGGAAGAAGCUGAGCCUUCCAGCAUAAAUGCCCCUCCCCCGGUCACGCUGCAGUGACUCUGAGCAGAGCCACGGGAUGGGGGGGGGCGCGCGUGUGGUCAAGCUACUACACUGUCGCAGGGCAGCCGAGGAGGAGGGCAGGAUGACUUGCGUCCCAUCGGCCCGCAGUACUGGAAAACCGGGGUGACCCCCCCCCGCCCCCCAGGCUUCUGUCUCGGAUGUGUUUUACAUCUUUGUCUAUAUUAUUAUUAGUAUUUUUUUUUUUAAUGAAUAGAAAAUAAUGGGGAAUGUGGUUUUCUAUGUAGGAGGUGCACUCUGGCUAAACAUGCUUUUCGAAAAUGUACAAGUGUGACAAAGCAACGUGCUUAAAUUGAGACCAUUUUAGGUUUCUUGGAGUCUUAUUUUUCCUUCAGUUGAUCGUUUGACCUGAUAUGGGGGGGGGGGGGUUUGGUAAAGAAUCUCCUGACUGGUGAAUCCUAGGGAGACUCACUCACUCGCCCACACAUGGAGGCCAGAUCUACGUUCCUCAGUACGGGAGGAAUCUGUCUGUGUGAUCAGGAUGGAGAUAGAGAAUUUAGUUUUUUUCCCAUCAAUGUGUGAGUAAAAUGUCUUUGCAUCAAAUUCUUAUUUCCAUGUGGGUUUCCUGCUGUACAAAGCCUUUUCUUUUAAUUGUGUAACUGACCCAAAACAGCCCUUGUUUCACUUAAUUUACCCAGCUGCUAUUCUGGAAUCCUUGAUUGGAGUGUGUCCGGAGGUGUCACAUUAAUUUUGCCGGUUGAAGUUGGCCGUCUCGCGUAAUGUCAGGCUCGGGUGUGCAGUGUGUGAUUUGGGUUGUCGUCAUGCAGGUGCUUGUGGCUUUUGUCUGAAGACUGCUAUGUUGUUGAUGGAUGAUUAGGUCUGUUAGAGUGUUCAUGUUGACUUGGCUGAAUCGAUGGAUUUUGGCAGGGCCAAAGUUGCUUAAAGGGAGAUUAGUGCCCCCUACUGGGAUAACUAGGAAGAACAUUGUUACUUUCCUCCGAUCAAUUUAUGAAUGCAAAGAUUAAUUAGUAAAGUGGAGACACUAAAAUGCCAAUUUGUGGACAGUUAUGCAUUUUUUUUUUUUAAAUCCUGGAAGUUUGUGAGGAAUUCAUUUUGAAUUAUUUAGAUUCCACAUUUUGACGACAGCUUUUUGUUUGUUUGUUUCUUGUACAUUGCAUGUUACGCCGUGGGAACACCUCCAAUAAAGAUUUUAUGGGAAACGUU